AUGUCUCCGCUUCCAUCUGACAGCGGCGAGUCUUGUUGCUUACAUCCACCGCAAUCAUUCACAAUUGUUCUUUUAACAUCUGCCAAAUACUCCUGUUAUUCUCUGCAAGUGACACUAUCUGAAACCCAUCUCCCCCAUCCGACCUCCAUCGAUACCACCCCCACCUCCUCCUCCUCUUCCUCCACUACCACCAGCAUUAGCUGCAUCACUGCAUCAGCAUCAGCCUCAGAAUCAGCCUCGCCCCUCGAUGCUCCCCUGCAGGCCCCUCCGGCCCUGCAUCUCAAUCCAUACUACAAUAUCUACCAAAUCACCAACAACAAUCCACCUCAUCCGAUCAUACCACCACCACCACCAAACCAUGUCCACCCCAAGAAAGAAAAACGCCCAUCCCUCACACACUUCCUCUGCCUCCCCCUCAUCAACACCACCUCCCUCCCACAACUCGAAUCCUCCCUCGCCACAUUCAAAUCCUCCAUUCCACUCCUCCCACCCCCGGACACCACCACCCACCACUCUCUCCGCCCCCUCCCCCAACCCCAACCUCUCAUCCCCGCCUCGGCCCACCGCCCCGUCGGCACCCUCCACCUCACUCUCGGCGUCAUGAGCCUCCCCACUCCGGACCGUCUAUCCCAAGCCCUGGACUUCCUACAAAGUCUGGACUUGGUGUCUAUGUUGCGUGAUUCGACAUCCACCCUCGCAUCAGAUAAACAAGAACCAUUAAUAAUCUCGUUGAAAUCGCUACACGCCCUCCCAAGACCCAAAGCCGCUACUGUUCUGCAUGCUAGCCCUGUUGAUCCUACGUCAAGGCUAUAUCCCUUCUGUGUGAAACUCAGAGAUGCGUUUCUGGAUGCGGGGUUUUUGGUUCCGGAGGCGAGGAAACGGAAGUUGUUGUUGCAUGCGACGGUUGUGAAUACGAUUUAUGCGAAGGGGAAGGGGGUGAGUGCACCGCGGAGUAGGGGGAAGGGAUUUGCUGGAGGGGGAGGGGGAGGGGGGAAGAGGAAGGAGCAGUAUUCGUUUGAUGCGAGGGGGUUGAUUGCGAAGUAUAGGGGGCAGACACUUGGGGUGGAGGGGGAGAGUGGUGUUGGUGAUAUUGUUGGGGAAGGGGAUGGGGUUAGUGGGAGUGGGAGUGAGGAUGGGGAGGGUAGUCAAGUUGGAGGAGAAGGAAACGGGGAUGAGGAAAAGGCAUUUGUCUGGGCGAGGGAUUUCCCUAUCGAGGCGGUGGCUAUCUGUGAGAUGGGAGCGAAGAAGUUGGAGCCGGAUUUGGGGGGACAGGAUGGGGGGAUGAAUGCGAGGUUGGGGGAGAAGUAUCGUGUUGUGGGGGAGAAGAGCUUGUUGUUUUAG